CCGGGGGCCCCCCGGGGGCCCCGGGAGGAGGCUGCGAGCGGCCAGGGAGUGAUGAGGCAUGGUCAAGAGGUGCGGACGCUUGCGUUCCGGGGCCGAGGGGUCGUGCUUCCAGCAAUCAUUCGUUGCACAUUUGAUUGAGAAAGGCCGUCGAGCAUCUUCAAUUAAUUACUUGCAACAUGAGGAACAGUUGCGGCAUGCGUAUACGAGUCAAUGGCGACCUGCUCGCCCAGCUGAUUUGAUCACUGCCGUGAUCGUUGACCAUGCCAUUCAGAUCUCCACCCACGACGCAGAAUUGGAGCGCGUCUGCAUGAAGAGCAAGCUGAGGACGCUGAUACCCAUUCUGAACAGGAUGUUCAGGGAGUUCGACUUCACACGCAGUGGACACAUUAGCCUGGCAGACCUCGACUUGUCGAAGAUAGACAUUGCCUUGCCCACAGAGGUGAUCAGCGUGCUCAAGUCUCACAAGCUCGAGGAUUUCUUCAACCUCCUCGAUGCUGACUCGUCGGGCCAUAUAACCCAGAGCGAAUGGGUCGAUGGCAUGUGCUGCCUCGUUCUGGACGAGGUGCCAAUCGAGAACGUGCAGAUGCUCCAGAUGCUCUGUAAACAGUCUGCCGACCUGGACGCCCUCAAGCGCGCCCUGCUGCGGGGCGAGCUCCCCGCCGAGGCCCUUGACGCCUCGCCGCGGACGUAGCGGCGAGCCACGGCCAGCAUCAGCGCCCGCUGGCUUUUUAUUAAUUUUUCUCUGGCGUCCCCGUCUGUCACGUCGGCGGCCGCUGGCUUUCUAACUCGCUCUUGGCUUGCCUGGCCGGGACCAUCGCCGCUAGCGAGGUCUCCCACGUCCACGUCCACGUCGCCCUCCGCCGCCGCGACCCCCCGCUUCGCGCCGCCUCGCAUGCCGCCUCAACGACCGCCACCUGCGCGGGGAUCCGCACCGCCGACAUCCCCAGGCCCCUGCGCAGGGAGGCCGGCAUCAACCUCGGCGGCUGUCGCGGGCGGCGCAUCGGACCGCUCCUCGGCAGCGAGUGGCGGCGCUGCAGAGACAGUCGUCGCCCGUCGUCGUCGGCGUCGUCGAGCCCGUCGUCGUCGUCGUUGCUUUGGGCGCUUUCGCGCCCUCUGGUCGUCGCCGGCGGCCGCUCGCACCGCCGGCCCCGCCGCCUCGUCCAU